GACAAGGUGGUCGUAUGUUAGCUGUUUCAAUGAGUGAAGAAGAAGUGCAAAAUAAACUUCUUAAAGGUAUUGAACAUUUAGCUUGUAUUGCUGUUGUUAAUAGUCCUCGUUCAGUAACAAUAAGUGGUGAUGAAAAAACUAUUGAUGAAAUACAACAAAUUCUUACCAUAUCUUAUCCUAAUGUAUUUAAAGCACGUCUUCGUAUUGAAAAUGCAUUUCAUUCAUAUCAAAUGAAUCGAUUUGAUAUUGAAAAAGAAAUGCUCUCAUCCUUGAAAGAUAUUCGAGGACUUCCAAUACAAGAUCAAAAACAAAUUUUUGAUCCAGUAUGUGCAAAAGCAAAACUUUAUUCAAGUGUUAUUGGUGAACAAAUGAAUGAUAAUAUACCAGUUGAUGGUAAAUAUUGGUGGUCAAAUGUGAGACAAGCUGUAAGAUUUUAUGAUGCUAUAACAGCAAUUAUAAAAGAUGAAGCAGCAAAUGUUUUUAUUGAACUUUCACCACAUCCAGUUUUAACUACAUCUAUUCGUGAAUGUUAUGAAUUAACAAAUCAACAACAACAAUCACCACUUAUUCUUCCAACAUUAAAACGAAAAGAAAAUGAACAAAUAACAUUACUGACUAGUUUAGUACAACUUACAACAUCAUCUCAUGUAUGGCAACAAUAUUUUCAUACUCGUCAAAUUUUACCUAUGAAAAAUCAUGAAGAAUAUUUUGAUAAUUUUCCAUUAUAUAAAUUUCAUUUGAGUUCAUGUUGGUAUGAAUCAAAAGAUUCUGCUAUACAACGUUUAGCUAAUCGUAUACCGACUCAUCCAUUACUUGGCAUUCGUCAAUUAGUUGAUCAAACAAGUGCAACAUGGAAAAGUCUUAUUAAUAUUAAUUUACCACAACAUUCUUUUUUAAAAGAUCAUAAAAUUCAAGAUGCAAUUCUUUUUCCAGCAGUUGCUUAUCUUGAACUUGCAACAGCUGCUUGUCAACAAUUACUUUCAUCAAAAGAAGAUGAUCAACAACAAGAACGACAACCAACAAUUAUUUUUGAAGACAUUAAUUUUAUUAAAGCACUUGUUCUUAAUGAACAUGAAUUAAUAGAAGUGUUUACACAAGUAAUUAUGCCAAUGCGUGAAUGGUAUAUUUAUAGUCGACCGUGGUCAGCAGCUGGUCCAGAUUGUAUGCGUCCAUUAGGUAUGAGUUGUACUGAUGUUGUUGAUUCUUUUCGUGACCAAGAUAAUCUUAAUAAAUAUUCAUUAAAUGAAUUUACUUUACAUGCACAAGGUAAAAUUGAAAUAGAUUUUAAAGAACAAAAAUCAUUAACAAUACCUCCUCUUAAUACAAUUAAUAAUACAUGGUCAACACAAGAUAUAACAAGUGCUUAUGCACAUCUUUCAACACGAGGUUAUCAAUAUGGAUCCUGUUUUCAAAAAAUAAAAACAUUGCGUGGUACUACAACUACAGUUAUAUCUCAAUUAUCAAAUGAUAAUAAUGAUUGUUCAUCUUAUUAUUUACUUCAUCCAUCUGUAAUGGAUUCUUCUCUUCAUCCAUUUCUAGUUUUAUUACCAGGUGUUGAAACAACAUUUCUUCCAGUACGUAUUCAAAAAUUUAUUUAUUCAACUAAAACAAAAACAAAAAUGAAUCAAUCAACAAAUGUUGAAGUACGUGGAAUCUAUCAUGAUAAUAUAUGUGGUAUAGGUCAAGAAGGAACAUGUAGUUUUGAUUUAUGGAUAUUUCCAAUGGAUAACAAAAUCCAAGAAUCAGUAUUUACAUUUGAAAGUAUGGUUCUUCAACAAGUUCAAGGUGUACAAUCUGGUCGAUGGUCAAUGGAAAAAACAAUUUAUGAUAAAUUAAAUUUACCAGCUGAUUUACCUAAUGCUGAUCAUUCAUCAUAUUUAAAUACAAUUAUAAAAGAUUAUUGUAUGAAAAGAGUGUGGACUGAUUCACCAAUAAUAAAAGAUAUAUCACAUUUACUUCCAUCACCUAAUCAAAUUCUUAAUUAUCAACUUAAUUCUAUUAGUAAUCAAGAUUUAAUUGAAUCAAUCGAACCAUUUAAUGAAUUAGCUGCUUAUUAUGCUCAAAUGGCAAUUAAAGAUCUUGAUUUAAAUCAUAUUACUCAACAACAAGCACAUCAUCCAUUAUUAAAUGCAUGUCGUUCUCUUGCUUCAACCUUACAUUCGGAACAAGUAGUAACAUGGCAUUUAGUACAACUUCGUCUUAUUGAAUUAAUUGAACGUUUUCCUCGUUUAAAACCAUUUUUAAUCAUAUUAAAUAAACAUGGUUUACAUUUAAAAGAUAUUCUUAGUGAAGAAAAAACUGGAUUAGAUAUAUUUUUUGGCGAUGAUGAAAUUGGACAAACUUUUCAACAAAUUAAAACUCUUCUAAGUGCAACUAAAACACAACAAAUUUUUCAUUCGAUAUGUCAACAUUUACAAUUACAAUAUGAACAAACUAAAGAUAAUUCAUUUGAGAAUUAUCGAUUACGUAUAUUAUGGUUAACUGAUAGUCAUUGUUCAGAUGUUUUACCUAUUCUUGAUCUUUUCAUUAAUUUAUCACAGCAAACAGGUUUAUUAAUUGAUUUACAUUAUGUAGAUUCUGAUCCAAUACAACUUGCAAAUGCUCAACAAACAUUUAAUACAUAUAUAACCAAUCAAACAAACUUAUCUAUUAUUUAUGAUCAAACAAUUGAUUUAUAUGAUAGUAAAACACUUGAAAAAAUACCAUUCGAAUCAUUUGAUAUUAUAUUUUCUGCAAAUCAACUUCUAGGAAAUCAAGAUUUAAUAAAUUCUUUAAUUGAUCUUCGUCGCUUACUUGUCCCUAAUGGUCUUCUUUUAUUACUUGAAUUAGUUCAUGUUCCUCUUUAUUUUGAUCUUAUUUUUGGUUUUAUUGAUCAAUGGUGGUCAUCAUCUGAUGAUAAUAAUCGUGCAUUAACUAAUAUUCAACAAUGGACAACAUUAGUAGAACAAAUCCAAGGAUUUAAUAUUAUUGAAUCAACAAUAAAUGAAAAUGAAAGUACAUUAAUUAUUAGUCAAAAAACAAUAUCAAAAGAAAUAUUACAAACACUUGAUGAAAGAAAAAAUCAAAUAUGGGUAGUAUUUACUAAAGAUGAUAAUAAUAAUAAAAAUAGUUUUAGUCAUAUUCUAUCAUCAUUGUUACCAUGUUCAAAUAUUAAAAUUUUUGAUAUACGUAAUUCAAAUUUAGAUAUGAUUUGUUUUGGAAUACCAGUUCUACUAACUACUUAUAAACAAAUAUCUGUUAUUUUUGCAUGGCAACUUAAUCAAGUAUUACUUAAUGAAAAUAAUGAUGAUUUAGCAUUUAAACAAAAUGAAGAACUUCUAUGUGGAUCAUUAUCACGUAUUCUUCAAACAAUUCAAAAAUCAUCACCACACUUCUAUCCAUUUGUAUAUGUUCUUACAGAUCAUGCUCAAUUUAAUAAUAAUUCGAAUCUUAAUAUUAUUGCAUCACCAUUUAUUGGUCUUGCACGAAGUUUAAUAACUGAGUAUGAACGACAUAGAUUAAAACUUAUUGAUCUUCAAACAUCAUUAAAUAAUAAUAAUAAUAAUAAUAAUCAAUCAACAUUUCUUCAUACUUUAAUAGAAUAUAUGAUUAACUCAAGAUAUUCAACUGAUACUUGUGAAGUUGUUCUUCGUCUUAAUGAUACAGAUCAAAAUCAAGUUCAACAUUUAACGUGGUAUUAUGAAAUGUUACAAAAAUCUACUGAUGACGAACAAGAGAAAUCUAAAUUAGAACAAAUUUCUAUUAUUCCUAAACGAGAUGCUGAUCAAAAACCAUUUCGUAUUUGUGUACCGCAAUCUCGUUUUCUUUCUGAAUUAACAUGGAUUGGAGAAGAUAGAGAAAAAGACUUAUUACCAGGUGUGGUAGAAGUUCGUGUUCAUUGUGUUGGUAUUAAUUUUCGUGAUGUACUCAAGUCACGUGGUCUUUAUCCACAUACACGUACUUUUGCACAAUCUGAUGAAAAUCAACCAAAAGUUAAUCAAGAUACAGAACCAGGUUCAGAUUUUGUUGGUACUAUUGUACGUGUAGGUCCUACAACAACUAAUUUUCAAGUUGGUGAUCAUGUUGUAGGUGCUACUAGUCAUGGUACAUAUCAUUCUCAUAUUAUGAUUAAUUCACAACUUAUAAUACGUAUUCCAUCUGAUUUUCCUCUUACUGAUGAACAAUUAUGUGGUAUGCCAACUCCACUUUUAACAGUUAUAUAUUCUCUUAAAUAUCGUGUUCAUUUGCAAGCUGGUCAAACUGUUCUUAUUCAUGCUGCAACAGGUGCUGCAGGUCAAAUGUGUAUUCAAUAUUGCCAAUAUAUUGGUGCUCGUGUUAUUGCUACAGCUGGAACUGAAGAAAAACGACGUUUUCUUCAUGAAUAUUAUGGUAUUGAACAUGUAUUUAAUAGUCGAGAUACUUCUUUUGUUAAUGAUAUACGUCGAAUUCUCCCACAAGGUGUUGAUGUUAUUGUUAAUUCAUUAUCAGGUAUUUUAUUGAAAGAAUCAAUUAAAUUAUUAGCAUAUCAUGGUAAUUUUGUUGAAUGGGGUAAACGAGAUAUUUAUCAUGAUAGCAAUUUAUCAAUGUUUCAAUUACGAUCAGAUUGUAGUUUUCAUGUGAUUGACUUCGCUGGACUUGCUGAUCAUGUGUCACCUCUUAUUCGUCUUAUGCUAGAAGAAGCAAUUGACUUAUUUGUUCAACGUAAAUUACGUGCUGUUGAACCAACAGUUACUUAUGAACCACCUCAAGUAAUAGAAGCAUUAUUAAGAUGUAAUAGUGGGCAAGUUAUGGGUAAAACAGUUUUUCGUAUAAGUUCAUCUGAUCAACCAUUAAAUAUUAAUAAAAAACAAUCUACUAGUUUAUUAAAAGUUGUAAGUGAUAAUAGAAUGUUUCCAUCAGAAGUUUGUAAUGAAGGAACAAUAUUAAUAUCUGGUGGUUUUGGUGGUCUUGGUUUAACAAUGUCUCGAUGGAUGAUUGAACAACGAGGUGUUAAACAUAUAGCACUUAUGAGUCGUCGAACAUUAGUUGAACUUGAGAAACCUUCGAAUCCACAAUAUGAUGAUUGGUUAAGAUUAAAACGAACAACAAAAGAAUAUAAUGCUCAUGUUGAUGUUGUUCAAGCAGAUGUAACAAAUUUUCAACAAGUUUAUGAUUUAAUUGAAAGAUUUCAAAAAACUUCUUAUCCUAUCCGUGGUAUUAUUCAUAGUGCUGUUGUCUCAGAAGAUCGUACUUUAGGUAAUUUAACACAAGAACAUUUAUCACUUGUUUUACCACCAAAAGUUCGUGGUGCAUGGUAUCUUCAUCAAGCUACACAACUUCUUCAUGCACCUAUUUAUUUCUUUAUUAUGUUUUCAUCAAUUCGAAAUCAUUUACUUGAAGUUUCAUCUGCUGGUUAUAAUGCUGGUAAUCAAUUUCUUGAUGCACUUGCUCAUUAUCGUUUUGCAAAACUUAAUUUACCAGCACUAUCAAUUAGUUUACCAGCUGUAAGUGGUGCUGGAAUGUUUCAUCGUCAUAAAGAAAUGCUCAGUACUUUGAAAGAGACACAAGGGUUUGAAUUAAUGCCAACAGUAACUGUAUUCAAAUUAAUUGAAUGUUUUCAUCGAACUCAAAAGAUUUGUCCAUGUCCUGUUAUUUUUGCUGUUAAUUGGCAAAUAUUACAUCGAAAUUAUCCAACAUUAGCUACAUCUUAUUUAAGAAAAAUCGUAGAUCAACGUUAUAAAGAAAUGAAAUUUGAUCAAAUAUCAUCGACAUCAUCAGGAAAAAAUAACUCAGCUGAGUCUACUAUGAAUAAAAAAGAAAGUAUUAUUGAACGAACUCAAUCUGUUGUUGCAAGAUUAUUAGGUGCAGUUAGUGUUGAUCGUAUAGUCAUUGAUCGUUCACUUGUUAGUCAAGGUAUGGAUUCAUUAGCUGCUGUUUCAUUAUAUAAUUGGUUAGGUCAAGAAACUGGUAUUUAUAUACCAUUAUCUGAUCUUAUUCAUGGACUUUCAAUUGAAACAAUUGCAACACUUGUUUAUAGCAAACUUAAUGAAAAAGAACAAACAACAUCAACAGUUACAAAAGAACAUGAUUCAGAUUUUGAUUUAAUUAAUGAAAAUGAAAUUCAAUUUUCUAAUACAUCAGCAUAUACUGGUUUAGAAAAUAUCAUUUGUUUACAUCGAUCAAAUCAAAAUAAUACUUCAACUCUUUUUUGUAUUACUCAAAUAUCAAAUGUUAAUGAUAAGAAUAAUGAAGAUUUAUUUACAUUUUUUAUUGAUAAAUUAUCUGAUCAAAAAAAUAAAACAUCAUCAAAUGAUAUCUAUGCUUUACAAAUACCAACAAUAACAUCAUCAUCAUCAUCUAUAUCUACAUAUGCUCAAAAUCUUAUUACACAAAUGCGUCGUAUUCAACCAUGUGGAUUUUAUCAAAUAGUAGCUAUUCGAAAUAAACCAGAAGAAACUAUUGCUCAUGAAAUUGUUCUUUGUACUAUUGUUCGUUUUAAUCCACAAAAUAAUCAAAUCGAACAAUAUAUUCAAGCUGCUACUGAUGAUAUUUAUUCAUUUCAACAUUCACGUGGUAUUAGUACAUCAGAACUGCUUGAUCGAUUACUUACCAAGGAAUCGAUAGAAAAAAUUUUCGAUUUUGAAAAAGGCAAAGUGUUAAGAUGCCAUAUAGUGCAGCGACAAGAUAAUAAUGCUGAUGGUUUAUUAUAUGAAAAUGAUAUAAUUGCUCUCAGUUUUCAUCAUAUUGCAUUUGACAACAGUUCACUUAUGGCAUUUAUAAAAGCAUUCAAACAAAUAGAUUUGGCUGAUGAACAACAACCAAUAUUAUCAGUUCCACAAUAUAUUGAUUUUGCAUUAUAUGAACAAACAUUGUUAGCUGAUACAAAUAUAGAUUCAAAAAUGAAUAAAGCACGUCGUUAUUGGUCAAAACUUAUGAAUGGUUAA